AUGGCAGAGGACGCACCAGCACAAGCACCAGUAUCGGCACCUGCCGCUGUCCCUACCCCGGCUGCCGCCGCCGCCCCUGCUGUCACCGUCAAGAGCGAGGCCAAUGACACCACCCCCGCUGCUCCCGUCAAGCGCGAGCGCGACGACGCCGCGGCCUCGGAGGAGGCGGCCAUGAACGCUGGGUCGUCCGAGGCCGGCGCCAAGCGCGGCCGCUUCGACCGCAAGGGCAACCACGGCGGGCCUCGCAAGGACGGCGCCAAGGGCCACUGGCAGCAGAAGAAGGAGGAGCGCAAGGCCAAGGGCCGUGAGCAUGGCCGCCGCGGAAAGCCAUGGGAGAAGAAGCCCAAGGGGCCCGUGGACGAGGAGGAGGCCGCGAACGCUGGCUCGGCUCGCCCCGUCAAGGCCGAGGGAGAGGAGGGCGAUGGCGAGCGCCGUCUGCCGAAGAAGCGCGCCGCCGUGCUGGUUGGUUACUGCGGAACUGGCUACUCGGGCAUGCAGAUCCAGACCCACGGGUCGCGGACCAUUGAAGGCGACCUGUUCGCUGCUCUCAUCAAGGCCGGUGCCGUCAGCGAGGAGAAUGGAGCCGACCACCGUAAAGUCGACGUCCAGCGUGCUGCGCGUACCGACGCUGGUGUCCACGCCGCCGGUAACUGUAUUUCGCUCAAGAUGAUCCUCGACCCCCCCGUCCCCGCCGAGUUUCCGGACCUCACUGCCUACGUCAACUCGUUCCUCCCGGACCAGAUCCGCAUGUGGGGCUUUGUGCGCACCAUGAAGUCGUUCCAGGCUCGCACUGCGUGCGACUCGCGCGUUUACGAGUACCUCCUUCCGUCGUACUGCCUCCUUCCCCCGGCCUCGGACGACCCGUUCGCCAAGACGCUUGACGAGGUGUCGCCCGGAUGGCGCGACGUGGUCAAGACGUCUGCCGAGUUUGUCAACGCUGCCGUGCCGCCUGCCGAGACCGACGACGGUUCCGUCGACCCCAAGGCCCGUGGCGAGUUUGAGCGCCGCCGUGGAUGGCGUGUCGACGAGGACACUCUGCGCCGCUUCCGCGAGCUUGUCGCGCAACCCUACAAGGACCGUUCGGUCAAGCGCUUCAUGAUCAGCCUCGAGGUCCGCGACCCGGCCGUGUACGGCGACAUUGAGUGGAUCUCGGUCCGCAUCCACGGCCAGAGCUUUAUGCUCCACCAGAUCCGUAAAAUGAUGUCCCUCGCGAUGCUUGCGUGCCGCACCGGCACCAACGUCGCGCUCUUCAACGAGACGUUUGGCCCCAAGCGCAUCCACAUCCCCAAGGCGCCGCCUCUCGGUCUUUUGCUCGAGCAGCCCCAGUUCAGGACCUACAACGAGCGUGCGCGCACCAUGCCCAAGUCUGGCGACGAGGUCCGCGAGUAUGUCGACUUUGGCAAGUAUGAAGACCAGAUGCACGCCUUCAAGGUGUCCUGGAUCUACGAGCGUCUCCGCGAGGUCGAGCUGGAGACCAACACCUUCCACAAGUGGAUCCGCCAGAUUGACUGCACGGCCACCAAGGCAUUUGCGUUCUUGAACACCGCCGGCACCAUCCCCGACGACGCCCUUGUCACCCUCACGAGCAAGAAGUACUUUGGCGAGGAGGGCAAGGAGGGCAAGGCGCCCGAGGGCGGCGAGGACAGUGAUGCCGAGGACGCCGGUCUCGACAUGAACUCGGACGUCGAGGGAUAG